UGCAUAAUUAUCAGUUAUUUUCUUGGAUUUUAUUAUUUUUUAUUAAAAUUUUUUGACUGUAGGCGCAGUUUUCUCGGCUGAAAAAUCGGAUCUUUUUUAACAUAUAUAAUGUUUCUAGCUUUUAUGAGAUUUUCUAUUUUUAGGGGUUUUUGUAUUAAGACUGAAUCCUCACUUUCCUGCAGAGUAGCAGAUUGAUUUAAUUUUCGGUCUCUUUUUAUUUGCUCCCGAAAAUUUCCCCUUUUUGGUUUGAUAGAAAUUGCCCUUUCUCCCCCUUUUUUUUGGUGUUACCAGUGGUUUUUCAGAGUGUUUUCUCUUUUUCAGUGGUUUUGUUUUGGUGGGGUUGGUGUGAAGAAGUUAGUGCUGACAGCAGAGAAAUUUUGAGCAUAUUUUUCAUCUCUCUGCUAAGAGGGACAUCCGCCCUGUUUUUUUUUUCUUUCCCUUUCCUGGAAGUGAUGGUGCAAGACUUUAACUUGUGCUUGGACUUCAUGACACGUGAGUGAAAAUUUUGGGAUUUCAUCAUAACAUCAUAGCAGCGUGUUUUAGCAUGGGGGGUGCUUGUUGUGUUGCUGCUAGAGAUAAAAAUAUUGUAAAUGGGCCAAGGAGUGAGAUAUUGCAUAGGAACAUUCGGUACUCGCCAACAUGGAGCUUUAGGUGGGAUAAUAGAGGGAGAGUAGCUGGGGAAGAGACUUCCAUAGCUUGGUUUUCAGAUGCAAAUAAUAGGAAUGAUGGACCAGAUAUUAAGUAUGAAUCAGCCAAUGCAUCAGAGCGUGGAAGCCCUUUAGAUAGUUUUCGGAGGCGUGCAUGGCAGAAGUCUCCAACAUCUGAAGCUACUAAUGCACAUGUGAGGACUUCUGCUUCAGAUCAUUCCGCUUCAAGGAUCAUCUCUAUGGACGCAACUUUGGAACAGGUGAAGGAGUCAGCAGAAUCCCCAACAGUUUCAGAUCCAUCUCCCACAAAAUUAUCUGUCUCAUUGCCGUCAACUUCAUCCAUGACAUCUCCAGCAUCAUCCCAAAGUCAUCCGCGUCCUACUAGCUCAACGACGCCAAAUUGGCCCCACAAUUCUUCUGCGCAUCAGUUAAUAGGGCAGGUUCCUGAUACCAAAAUCCCAGGAUUAAAGUCAUCAAACAGCUUUUCUGUCCCUGAAGAUAGGUCGUCAGUCCCCUCAUGGAGCAAUGAAUCAACUCGGGGAUCCCUUGGUAGCUCUUCAGAUGGUUGGUCUAUGCAUGCAUUUUCUGAGCUCAUGGCCACCUCUCAUAGAGAAAGGUGCUCAUUUGACAAUGACUCCUUGAGCUUCCAUCAUGAGAAAACUAGAUCCAGCGGUCAAAUAUCAUCUUGUUCCUCUGUUGAUCUUCAAACAUGUGGGAUUUGUUCAAAGCUAUUGGCUGAGAAAUCUUUGUGGAGCAGCCCAAAGAUUGUUUUGAGCAAUGAGCUCUCUGUUGUUGCUGUUCUAACUUGUGGGCAUGUUUAUCAUGCUGAGUGUUUGGAGACCAUGACUCCUGAAAUUAGCAAGUAUGAUCCUCCUUGCCCAGUUUGUACUUUUGGGGAGAAACAAACCCAGAAGCUGUCUCAAAAAGCUUUUAAAGCAGAAAUGGAACUAAAAGCGAAAAACAAGAGGUCACGAAACCGUGUCGUGGAUAGCGAUUGUGAUGGUGAUUCUGUCAUGUUUGAUCGCCUAAAAGUUGGUGGGCAUGAAGGAAAGGGUCCCAAGAUGGCUUCCAGUUCCAGCAUGAAGGGCUCUUUAGCGAAACCCUUUUUGAAGAGGCAUUUUUCGAUUGGAUCAAAGAGUAGUAAAUCCUUAGCAGAGAGCCACACAACCAAAAAGAAGGGAUUCUUCUGGACAAGAUCCUUGAAGGUGUGAGGUUUCUACUAGUGAUUAAAAGAAUCCAGUGUUGACUGUUGACCUGCAUGGAGAAAGGCUUGGAAGGGCCUCGGACAUCAUCCUUCAAACAUUUGCAUCUGCAUACGUCUGAUUGUCAACAAGAUCAGCUGUGAAGUUACACUGUAAAGAGUAAAGAAUUUCAUAGUAAAAAAGAAAAACCAAUCCUAUAUUGAUCAUGGAAAAAUUAGUUGAAUGAAAUUCCAUCACGAGACUGGUGAUCCUAUUCUUAUUUUGUACA